GAGACGUGCGCUGUCGAGCAAGUUUGUCAAAGCAAAGACUGCAAAGAUGGACACCAGUGGAGCGUCAUGGAAGGACUGCACGGUUCUGACCCAGUGUGCUGUGAUGUACACCCGCAACAAGUUUAUGGCAAAUCUGUUCGCGUUGAUUGUUUUGGUCGACUUCCUGUGUACAUGCAUCGAUGUUGACACCCGAGCCACCGGAGCAAACACUGGUGAUGUGGUACAGAUCACAGCAGACUUGUGUCUUUGCGCAUAUUCCAUCGACACGGUUCUCGUGGUCAUAGCGAAAGGACUACGGAUACUUCUGGAUCCGAUGAUGAUGACCGACGCUUUUGUUCUCACCUGCGGCUAUGUGGAGACACUCAUGCAGUACAUGGGCUACGGCGACCUUAUGAGCAGUGUUGCCGUGUUCAGAAUGCUGCGAUUAGUACGAAUCCUGCGUGUUACGAGAGUGCUAAGACGCACGGGAGGCUUUCGCGAGUUGCAGAAGCUCAUCCGCAUGUUGUCCACAUGCUUGAAGACACUUUUCUGGUCGUUCAUAUUCUGCUUUGUCAUGAUGACGGUGUGGGCGCUCCUGAUCGUAGAGCUAGUCAACCCCUUGAUGGAGGAGGUUUUCCAAGAUUGCCUGGAGUGUCAGAAAUCAACAUCUUCUGUCAUGCGUGCGAACGUGCUUCUGUUCAAGACAGUGAUCGCUGGCGACAGCUGGGGACAAAUUUCUGUGCCCAUGAUGGAGGAAUAUCCUCUUACUGCGAUUAUAUUCAUGGGGUCCCUUCUGACGCUGGUUUUUGGCGUCAUGAACCUUAUCGUGGCAGUGGUCGUGGAUACGUUCGCGGAAGCUCGUCAACGAGAUGUCUUGAACCUGGCGGAGGAGAUGCAGAACAACGAAACCUUAGAUCGCGAGCGGCUGGAACGGAUCUUCAAGCGUAUCGACACAGAUGGCAGUGGCAUGGUGACGUUUGAUGAACUCUUGGAGGGAGCCCGGCGGGAUCCGGAAUUCCAGAGCCGGCUGCGGGUGAUGGACAUUGACGAGGCCGAUCUAGAGCAGCUGUUCGAAAUGAUCGACGUGAACGGCGAGGGCGAAAUCGCCGCCGCGGA